UUAAGUGUUAAGAGGUGUAACUAUAGUAGGAUAUCUGUCCUUUAUUUUGCUGUUCUUUCUCAAGAGUGAAGAUGCUUCUAGUGUUGGUUUUGUUCUUACUUCUUUGGACUUUAAACCAAGGUCUGGAGGUGCAUGAAUGUACAAAUAAAUUCAUGGAGCUACCUUUGAUCACAGAUAGAGCUGAAAAUAAAGUGCAAACUUUGAUAAAAACAAAAUUAAGCAAUGAACUUAGAAUACUUGAAGAGUAUCAGUUCAACUGUUCAUCUACUAGCAUUACCAGUCUUGUAUUGGGUAUUGAUGUUGAAAGAAACUCUGGCACUCGUGAUUUGUUUCCUAGCAUUCGGACCUUUAGAAGGAACAGCAAUAAUCCUAAUCAAUACUAUGCAGUGGCUGGUAGUGAAAGAGUCAUCUAUUACUCUACCUCUAAUGUCAGUACUAAUGGAGUGUUUGAAUAUCCACUCAAUCCUCCUAUACCAGUAAUGAGUGGAGACCUGUUAGCUGUAUCACAACCAGAAAAAAAAGAGUGUGCUGUUGCAGUAUGCUACAUUGACGGAAUCAAUUUCAUGAGUAGUCAAAAGAUUUCAAUUAAUCAAUAUCAAAUUGAUUUGAGUAGUCCUUCAACUACUGACCAGUUGAUAUUAGUAUAUCCAGUAACAGAUGGAUACUGUGUUAAUAGUACCAAUUCAAUCAAUGCUUCAAUUAUUAAAGAGUACUUUUUACUAUCUGAGAUUACCAAAACCAUAAGAUCUGGACUGCAAAUCAUAUUUCCACAAAUGAAAUUUACUUGCAAUGGGUCUAUCAAUAAAUGGAUCUAUGGAGCUGUACCUGCAGAAGACAUCAACAAUAACUGGUUUCCAGCUCAAUGGCCAGAGUUCCAAAUAUGGCACUUUUCAAGUUUCUUAUACACUAAAAAAGGAUCUAGUUUAGCUGAUAUUAGGAAUUCUACAAUGAUUGGUACUAAUCUUUAUGAACUGACUCUUAACACUCCACUCCAGUUUAAAGAAGGUGACAUUUUUGGUAUAUUUACCUCAGACAGGUUGAGUCUUCUUGUGCAAAAAGACAACGGGCCACGUAAUAAAUAUGUAUCUGUCAUGGGUCGAUCUUUAUCAACAGUUUCUUCAUGGAUGCUUGGUAACAGAAAUAAUAAUUUUCCAUUGGUAACUCCAGUAAUAAGUGUAUCAGGAAGAAAUAGUGCAUCAAGCAAUAGUUUUCACUCCAUUGGCAGGAGCAUUAGUACUGCUAAUACCAGUAUUGCUGUUUCCAGGACUAGUGGUACAUCAGCAACUAGCAAGAGCAAGACUUUGGAAGAAACACUACCAAUGCUGUCAUCAUCAUAUUUCUUAACCAGCACUACAUAUAUCACUCAACCAACGUCAACAAGCCCUGGAGAAUAUCAUACUAAUGUUCUAGUAGCAGUACUGAUUACUAUUCUCCUCCUCAUCAGUCUAAUCCUCAUUGCCAUAUUAGGUUUCUGCAUUAUCAUUUUUAGGAGGAUAAAGAACAGAAACUCAAAGUCUGCUGCCAGAAGGGAAGAAAAUGAAUUGCCAUACUACAUAACUAUUGUUGAACAACAGCAAACUCAACAAAACCUUCCUCUCCCUUCUCCUCCUGAAAGCACAAGUGAUGAUGAGAAUUACUACUCAUACAUUCAGAGCAAUCUUGCAACUGAAAGCCUUGAAAGAGAGAUAGUAGCAGAAACAGAUCCAGAUUAUGAAAACGUUACUUCACUUAACUUGAAUAGAUCUGUUAGUGAAGUGUUUCAGAUCACUGACAGUUUAAAUGAUGAUGACUAUGUGUAGGUUGCACUGCUAUAAUUACUCCCUACAAACUAUAAUUAUAAACAAUAGAAUAAAGUAGAAUGAUAAGUAGAAGUUGACCUGUAAAAUUAAUAGCAUAACAAGAUUAAUAAUAAUAAUAAUAA